AUGGGCAUUCGCCGCUUGUCUGCAAUUGAGCGUCUGAUUAUAUAUGGAUGCAGUGGUUUCACAGCUGAAGUCUGUUUCACGGCUGCGUGGGACGCAAUUGAGAAUGGGAAUCGUCGUUUGCUGGGCACAUCUUCCAUCUAUAUAUUCUUCGUGUACGGUCUUUCCAUUUUCAUUAUCGAGAAGCUCUAUUUACGCCUAAAGGGGAAAUGCCGUCUAUUUCCACGAGGACUCGCCUACAUCACAAUAUGUUAUCUGUUCGAAUUUGCCUUCGGGUAUUUCUUAAACAUUUGGAAUGCAUGUCCCUGGGAUUACGCGAGCUACUUCGACUACCAUAUUAUGGGUCUUAUUACAAUGGAAUAUAUACCUUUAUGGUUUUGUUCGUCCCUGUUCUGUGAACAAUACAUUAUUCAUUUUGCACUGAAUAUCGGCUGGAUAGAUAACGAUAAAGAGGAGUAA